AUGGUUCUUACGGAGGCUGAGAUUCUCGAGGUUAAAGCUGAACUAAUUCGUGUCAAAGAAGGAUCAGAAUUAGAUGCAGAGCAUGAGAAGGAAUUGGAAGAGAAGAUGACCGAGUACGCUGAGAAAAAAAAGGUUAUGGGUCAAUUACAUAACGCUAUGCUCAAAAUGUUAAAGAAAUCUGUUGUGAAGAAUCAGGCUCACGAGGGAAAGGGGAAGUACUAG